CACUCCCACCCCCACACUGUGACCGAGAGCUCGGCGACCACGAUGGCGGCUCAGUCCGACUCUCUGAGCGGAUACCUGAUGGCUGAGCAGCCGCUCCCAGAGCCCUGCGGUGCGGACCCGGGCUCCAACAGCGAGAGGAGCACCGACUCUCCGCUCGCAGCCUCCGAGGACGAUGGUCAGGGUCUCCCGCACUGCGGUGACCCCGACUGGAUCGAGGACAGAUUCCGGGUGGAUCGCAAGAAGCUGGAGGCGAUGCUGCAAGCUGCUGCUGAAGGAAAAGGCAAAAGUGGAGAAGACUUCUUUCAGAAGAUUAUGGAAGAAACAAUCACACAAAUAGCAUGGCCAUCUAAACUGAAGAUUGGAGCAAAGUCCAAGAAAGAUCCUCAUAUUAAAGUUGCUGGAAAGAAAGAAAACGUGAAGGAAGCAAAAGAAAAAAUUAUGUCGGUCCUUGACACAAAAAGUAACCGGGUAACUCUGAAGAUGGAUGUGUCACACACAGAACACUCCCAUGUAAUUGGUAAAGGAGGAAACAACAUUAAAAAGGUUAUGGAAGAAACAGGGUGUCACAUUCAUUUUCCCGACUCCAAUAGGAACAACCAGACUGAGAAAAGCAAUCAGGUCUCCAUAGCAGGUCAGCCAUCUGGUGUAGAAGCAGCAAGAGUUCGUAUUAGAGAGCUUCUGCCUCUGGUGAUGAUGUUUGAUUUACCAAUAGCUGGUAUCUUGCAGCCAAUUCCAGACCCCAACUCACCCACAAUUCAGCACAUAUCUCAGACCUAUAACAUAUCUGUGUCAUUCAAACAGCGGUCACGUAUGUAUGGUGCUACGGUCAUUGUCAGAGGUUCUCAGAACAAUGCUGCAGCUGUCAAGGAAGGAACUGCCAUGCUGCUGGAACACUUGGCUGGCAGUCUAGGCAGUGCUAUCCCUGUCAGCACACAACUGGACAUUGCACCUCAACACCAUCUCUUCAUGAUGGGCCGCAAUGGCAGCAAUAUUAAGCACAUAAUGCAGAGGACAGGUGCCCAGAUCCAUUUUCCUGAUCCCAGCAAUCCCCAGAAAAAGUCCACGGUCUACCUCCAGGGCACCAUAGAGUCUGUCUGCUUAGCGAGGCAGUACCUCAUGGGUUGCCUCCCUCUUGUGUUGAUGUUUGAUAUGAAGGAAGACAUUGAAGUAGAACCACAUCAAAUUACCCAAUUGAUGGAGCAGUCAGAUGUCUUCAUUAGCAUCAAGCCAAAGCCGAAACAGCCCAGUAAGUCAGUGAUUGUGAAAAGUGUUGAAAGAAAUGCAUUAAAUAUGUAUGAAGCAAGAAAGUGUCUGCUUGGCUUGGAAACUAGUGGUGUUACUCUCACAACAAAUGCACCGUCUGCAGUUACCUGCCCCAUUGGACUGUCGUGUCAUGGACUUGAUAUCCUGGCUUCAGCUGGACUUGGCCUAACUGGACUAGGCUUCUCCACAGUAUCACCCCUUAUGAUCCCACCUGCAACACAGGCAACUUUAACUAACAUCCUACUGUCAAGUUUGCAUGGCUAUGGCCAGAACACACCAUCUCCGCCCCCUGGCCUGGCACCAAUGGAUAUUCAGAUCAGCACUUUAACACCAGAGAGCAACAAGAUUCCGACAUCCUGCCUCAAUGGCCACGUCAAGCCCUCAAGUGCUGUUUAUACUAGAAUAUCGACUCCAUCUCUCGCAGAUACUGUGUUGAGUUCUAACCACUCUGAUGACCCCCGAGACAAUGCUGCUAUCAGCACACAGGAGCAGCUGAACAACAAAUCCAGCUCAGCUGAAGGUUCCAAUGAUGCCUUUGUGGAAGUGGGCAUGCCCAGGAGCCCUUCGCAUUCAGCCAAUAGUAAUGAACUGAAGCAAAUGCUUAAUAGUUCAUCCUCAUCUGUUGCCAAACGACAGACGUUAGAAUUGCUACAGGGCACAAAGAAUACCCACCUGCACACCUCAGAUUGCCUACUUUCAGAUUCUGAAUCCAAUCCUACAGAGGGCACAGCCACUGACAAGAGGGCUCCCGGCAGUGAGCGAGCAGCAGAGAGAGCAGCUCAACAGAACUCUGAGCGACUACGACUGACUCCACAGUCAACAUAUGCAAACAUCCAGGCUUUUGACUAUGAACAGAAGAAGCUGUUAGCAACCAAAGCUAUGUUGAAGAAGCCCGUGGUAACUGAAGUAAGGACGCCAACUAAUACGUGGAGUGGACUUGGUUUCUCCAAAUCGAUGCCUGCAGAAACAAUCAAGGAGCUUAGACGUGCAAACCAUGUGUCCUACAAACCAACCAUGCCAACAACAUACGAGUCAUCAUCACCCUUGUCGUUAUCGCGGUCAAACAGCCGGGAAUGUCUAGGCAGUGGCAGUGAUUCUGAGAACUGGAGAGAUCGAAAUGGCUCAGGCUCGGGCCCUCAUAGUGAAUUCACAACGUCCAUCACCAGCCCUAAAAGAAAAACUAAAUCAUCUGAACAUUAUCUGAGUAGCAGUAAUUACAUGGACUGCAUCUUAUCACUGACUGGUGGUAAUGGGUGCAACCUGAACAGCUCUUUUAAAUGUGAUGAUCUGCCUGAGCUCUUUAGCAAGCUUGGUUUGGGCAAAUACACUGAUGUUUUCCAACAACAAGAGAUUGAUCUCCAGACGUUUCUCACACUCACAGAUCAGGACUUGAAAGAACUUGGCAUUACCACGUUUGGUGCCAGAAGGAAAAUGAUGCUUGCAAUUUCUGAAUUGAACAAAAAUUGCUGCAAGCUGUUUGACCCACCAACCAUUCGCUCAACAUUUCUGGAAGGCGGGGCAAGCGGCAGGUUACCACGGCAGUACCACAGUGACAUUGCCAGUAUAAGUGGCCGUUGGUAGCAGGAAGCUGGAAGUUGUGUGUUUGCAAUUAUUGCAAGAGUCAUCUGGCAAAAAUGAUACAAACUCUAAUGCAAUAUUACCCUGCGGAGAGCAUUUACUGCACAGACCUCGGUGGUUAGGAGUUUUGAAUCCAAGGACCAAAGCCUGUUUUAUUUUGCACAAGCCGUUGUGCCAAAAAAGGAGACAUUGACCUAUCAAUGUGUAUUCAUUCCAUGGUUAUCUUUUGCCGUAUCACCAAAUAUGGUACUACUUAACUAUAUGCAGAUCAGAGAACAAUAAGAUCUUUAAGACUAGCUUUCUUGCUCAAUAUUAUUUAUUAGAUAACAACAAAGUUAAAUUAUGCACUGAAUUUUUAGAUUCCACCAUAGAAAUUUAAAAUGAACCACUAGCCAAAGUGCAUUGUAUGUAUAGUUUAGAACGAGAUGGUAAAAUGCAUUGUACUGCUGAGUAGAGAGAUUUAAAUGUAAUUUCCUCUGCACUUUACAUGUCCUGGUUUUCUAGACCUGUGGAAAUGCAUUUUUCUCUGGUCUUCAUAUAAAAAAGACCUAUUUUAUUCGCAGCACCAAGGAAAUGAAAUAAUCAUCUGCAGGUACUUGAGCAAAAUUAUGUCUUUAUAGUGGUGUACUAUGAUGCUAAUUAUUAUACAGUAAAGCUUGGUUCAUCAAUCAUCUGACAACCAAGCAGGCAUUCUAUUCUUGCCCCACCACAAAAUACUGAAAUAGUACUUGUUUUGAGUGACUGACUAAAGUCCUCUUGUGUUUUACUGCCAUCUUAAGCACAUUUACUGUAGUGAAAAUACUAGUUUUCUGUACAAUCUCACAAAACCAUUAAGUUUCUACGUUUGAUGUGUAUAACGGCAAUACCAACAAUUUCCUGUACAACAACUCUUAAUAUUUCUAAUGACUCGCCCUAUAAGUACAGUGUGCUGCAGCAUCUCAAUAGCUUAAUAUUACCGAUGGGUAUUAGUUGGGCAUGGUACCAGUUUUUAUUCUAACACACCUCUACAAUGUAAUGUGAAAACCUGUGAUGAAUGUCUGCUUUAAGAGACCUUCCUGUGCAAGUUUUACGUCUUAAAUAGAGCAAAAAUAAUAGUAGUACAAGCAAACAUUGGCAAAACUUGUAUCCUCAUUUUCCUAAAUUGCAAAAUUAAACUGAAAAACAAUAUAUAGGUAUGUGGGUGUACUUGACAGUGGAAAAAGUAGGAAACUGAAACAGAUGACUUAAAUAUCCUGCACAUAUGUUUUGCUGGAAACCUGUGUGACAGUGAACUAUAAAAGUUGUGAUGGUUGCUUUAUGAGGUGUUUUUUAUUUGUAAAUGUUUCUUUGCUGCUUACUACCAUCUACAGUGUCCUUCAGCUUGGAGAGUGAACACUCUGGGUUGCACACUGAAGCAUAACUGCCAUUACUGAUGCUAUGGAGUUAGCUCGUGAAAGGUGCUAUUCAAGAUAGUUAAGUGAAUGAUGGUUCGUCCGUUCUUUUCUCUUUCCUCAAGCCAAGAUAUUGCCCUGCAUCUGUGUGGCAGAUUAUCUAACAGCCUGGUUGAGAAAAGAUACAGCUCCCACAUCUGAGGCAUGGAAGUCCAUCACUUCUGCAAUUGAGCCACUUGCUUGCUUGCUUGACGAACAACACCAGAUUUAUUUUUCUUUACUUUAGCAAAAUUAUUUGCAGAACUCUCAAGUGAAGUAAAUCGUUCCAUAAGGACAAGUUUCUACAAACAUUAGUAGGUUAUGUAAGUUGUCUGUUACGACUUUUCUUCUGUUCUCUCUCUGUGUAACUGGGAGUUUAUUUCCUAGUGUUUUUGCACUGACAUUUGUACCCACUUAUGCUUUAACUGGCAACGUUAUACAGUCCAGAAAAGCAUGAAGAAUUAAAAUUACACGUUGUAUAUUUUAUGUUGUUUUUAUGAUGGAUUUAUGAAGAUUUGUCAUUGAUUUGAAGGAAAUCUCAAAGUGCCUACCUUUUCUGCUAUCCAAUUAUCUAGAUUUCCACAUCUGAAUUGUCCUAUUAUUUAGGACAUUUUAUACAGGGAGAGAUAUGAAGUGUCUGUAUUAUAUUUGCACAAAAGGUAUACACUUUGUUUGUAGCCGUUAAACCACUAUGAAUAGUGCUGAGUAAACUGGUUUUUGGUGAUCGCCUUCUUGAUAGCUUGAGCAAAGUUAGACAUGUAAAGAAUAUGUCUUGCUACAUAUUGUUUACCACUUCGUUGACACCUAUACAAUUGGUUGGUAUAGUAAAUAAUUGUUGGCUUAAUCAAAAAGAGAUUUGCACAUUCAAAGGGAAGAGAUUAUUGUGUCACUUAUUAAAUGUGGUUUGCGAUUAUAUUUUCCCCAUAAUUAUUAGCAACCAAGAGGAAAUCCAUUGUUGUUAGCCCCUCUUUAAAGUUAAAUUCUCUAAAAACAUCUAUAGAUGUAUACCAAAGUGAAGGAUGUUCAAAUAAUAGAACUAAACUGAAACAAUAUUUUGUACAAAACACUGGAAGAACACUCAGUUCCUUGCUGCAGUGUAAGGGGGUACCAGACUAAUCAUGUUUAUACUAGCCAUAAUGGUAACAAAUGAUGAUGACCUAAAAUAUGCACAGAGCAGUUUUGUCAUCGACCAAAACUGAAGGUUACCUAUAAUUCAGUACCAAUAAGGCACUAUAAUUCAGUGCCUUCAGUGGUCAUUUAUCUGUAAAUAAAGCACAGAUGUCUAUUUUCAGUGUGGAGGUUUCUACCUUUUAUGACCUUCAGAGAAAAAUAUUACUGUGGAUAAACUUUAACAAAGGGAAUAUUCAAUGCAGUUUUAUGUUACAUUAAAAAUAAUUUUAUAAAACUUCCUCUAUAGUCUAUUAUGUAAAUGUACCCAAUAUAUUGUACCUCUGCAAAGCUUUAAAAGUACCUUUUGUUUUGGGGGAAACCCAUGACGCCAGAUUUCCUCCCUUGACUCUGAAGAGUCGCCUGAGACUUUGGCUAUGAAAAACACCUUUGUUUGACAUCUUAUUGCAUAGCUUAUAUUGUGUAAGCAGUGAAUAUUAUCUUGUGACUAUUGAAUAGCCAAGCAAUAAAGUUUUAGAUAAAGAAAAAUGUGUUGACAGUGAGAUUUUAAAAAGGUUUAUUUUACAAUUCCAAUAUCUGGUAAAUAAGCAAUCAAUAUCCCUAAUGUGUUUUCAGAAAAUUAAUUGGUCAAUUUCUUGCCCAGGUUAUGUAAUUUUAUUAAUUUGAUUUGUAUAAAAGUAUAGUUGAAAUUGUAGGAAAUAUAUUUUAACUUUGCAUAAUGUAGGUGAGAUGGGUAUCUACCGCUUUGGGAUAAUUAUAUUUGUUCAAAUGUAUUUUAUUUUAAAUCUUUUCACUUUACAUUAUAA